AUGUUGCUGUGUAGCAGCUUUGCUGCUGGAACCCAUCCUUCCCCUACAGACCCUGCAGCAGGACGGCAACUUGCCAUAGGUGUGGAUAUCCCCAGGCAUGCGGACGCAGAGGCAGUUUUGGUGCCCUCAAGCUGCCACAGCAUCUGCCAGCAUUACAGUGAUUUACACAUUGCUGGUGGCCAGGUGCUGCCACUCAGGCCCAGCACAUUGGAGGUACAGGGCAAUCUCAUUCAGGACCCCGAGCAUGGGCCCUUCCUCCUUUCUGGGGAUGUUCCCUUCCCCUCCCUCCUGCCUCCUCUGGUCCACGGGAACAGGAAUUCAAGGUGCUGGAGGGAAGAAAGUGGGCGCGAGCAUCCUUCUCUUCUGCAAUGCAGCCAGCCUUUCUCUAAUUCACAGCUCAACAGCUACCUGGAACAGAAGCUUUUGGAGCUGUACAAGCAGUACCUGACCGAGGGACCUGCGGCGACAGGGCUCGUCAUGGCCUAUGAGCUUCUGCACACCAACCUGGACCAGAUGACUCUACAGCUGAGCCGUGAGCAGAACGUGGAGACAGCUCGGGCCAAAGACAUGCUGCUCAGCUGUCUGCUGAGAGUCACCAGCAGUUACCAGUCCAGCGAGAUCAGCACUCCUCUACUGCAGAUCUCCAUUGAGAUGAGAUGAGUUUGAGAGUGGGAAGAGAU